CGGAGUGAGUUCUAUAUAAAGGUCGCAGGCAAUUGCAAAACAGUCAUUCAAGCAUAUUGUUCCCUAGAGGCAGCUGAAAUCAUGAGAACAAUCUUACUUGUGAGCGCCCUUUUCGUGGCCAGCAUCAAUGCCGCCAGCAUUCAGCCAACCGUGCGGGCGAUCAACAACCAACUGUACAGGCGUUACGUGUGCGUCCAUAAGCCCGAUGGCUUCCGGGCCCUAGUCCCGGGCAGCUGCUCCCAGUACUACGAGUGCCAGUCCGGAGUGGCUCUGGUGAGCACUUGCUCGCGCUUCUUCGACAGCAAGGUCCAGGGCUGCGUCAACUACAACACAGGAUGCAUUGAGACCCAGGUCAUAACUUUCGACAAAACCAAGGCAGUAGGCCUUGACGCUGCGGUUCCUUGUGCCGAGGAAACGACCACUGCUUGUGCGGAUCCAGAAACUACUACACCCUGCGGACCUACUACAACCACCACGCCUUGUGAGUCUUCUACAUCUACCACAACGCCCUGCGAACAGAUCCCUACUACCACAACAACCUGUGAGCCUUCUACAACAAGCACCACAUCCUGUGCGCCUACUACCACAACCACCUGUGAGCCUACUACGACAAGCACCACAUCCUGUGCGCCUACUACCACAACCACCUGUGAGCCUACUACAACAAGCACCACAUCCUGUGCGCCUACUACCACAACCACCUGUGAGCCUACUACGACAAGCACCACAUCCUGUGCGCCUACUACCACAACCACCUGUGAGCCUACUACGACAAGCACCACAUCCUGUGCGCCUACUACCACAACCACCUGUGAGCCUACUACAACAAGCACCACAUCCUGUGCGCCUACUACCACAACCACCUGUGAGCCUACUACGACAAGCACCACAUCCUGUGCGCCUACUACCACAACCACCUGUGAGCCUACUACGACAAGCACCACAUCCUGUGCGCCUACUACCACAACCACCUGUGAGCCUACUACAACAAGCACCACAUCCUGUGCGCCUACUACCACAACCACCUGUGAGCCUACUACAACAAGCACCACAUCCUGUGCGCCUACUACCACAACCACCUGUGAGCCUACUACGACAAGCACCACAUCCUGUGCGCCUACUACCACAACCACCUGUGAGCCUACUACAACAAGCACCACAUCCUGUGCGCCUACUACCACAACCACCUGUGAGCCUACUACGACAAGCACCACAUCCUGUGCGCCUACUACCACAACCACCUGUGAGCCUACUACAACAAGCACCACAUCCUGUGCGCCUACUACCACAACCACCUGUGAGCCUACUACAACAAGCACCACAUCCUGUGCGCCUACUACCACAACCACCUGUGAGCCUACUACGACAAGCACCACAUCCUGUGCGCCUACUACCACAACCACCUGUGAGCCUACUACGACAAGCACCACAUCCUGUGCGCCUACUACCACAACCACCUGUGAGCCUACUACAACAAGCACCACAUCCUGUGCGCCUACUACCACAACCACCUGUGAGCCUACUACGACAAGCACCACAUCCUGUGCGCCUACUACCACAACCACCUGUGAGCCUACUACGACAAGCACCACAUCCUGUGCGCCUACUACCACAACCACCUGUGAGCCUACUACAACAAGCACCACAUCCUGCGCGCCUACUACCACAACAACCUGCGCGCCUACUACCACAACAACCUGCGCGCCUACUACCACAACAACCUGUGAGCCUACCACAACAACCACAACACCCUGUGAGGUAGAGCCCACUACUACAACAACACCAUGCGCUCAGAACCCUACUACUACAACAACACCCUGUGCACCAACAACGACAACUGCAUGUGGGGAAGAAACAACCACUGUCUGCAGCGGAGCGUCUUCUGAAGCCAAGGCAAAGCCCGCAACCCUGAAGGUGAAACCCGCCAGACCAGUUCGCCCCGCUAAGCGUCCGACCUUGGAGUCCACCCAACAGGUCGCUCCCCAGGCUCAGGAUCUGAGCAUGUCCACCUACACGAAGUACGUUUGCCGUAACAAGCCCGACGGAUUCAUGUUGGCGUCUCUUAAGAGCUGCUCGGACUACUACAUCUGCCGUUACGGAAAGCCCCUCCUGGUUAGCUGCGGUAGCAAGUACUUCAACGCCCUGAAGGGUAUCUGCGAUCUGCCGGAGAACACACAAUGUGUUCAGCCCCUGGCCUAAAGUCAAGGACCUAACCCUUAACAGAUCGAAGUUACGAAAUUCUUAUAUAUAUAUAUGUAAUACCACUGCAAAAGACCCCCACCUUGAAAAUUGUCUCCAAUCGUUUCGACGAGUAUUCUAUAUUAUCCUAACAAAUAGAUGCAGAAGCUACCACAAGCUACAAAAAAUUACAAGUU